AUGAAGGGUCAGACUGUCCACGAUGUCCGAGCUGGCUCGGAUGUAAAAGCCGGAAUCCAAGAGCAAACCCAACAACAAGCCAUACCCAGCAAAGACCUGGCAAACCAAGUCGCCGAUACAGUCUCUGCAAUCGCAGUAAAAAGCAAUGGCGCCUCUACAGCUCAGUCUGUCAACGACACUAUAUCUCCAAGCACAGGAUCGAAAACGGCCUCACCCAACACCAAGAAGCGAGGUCCUCCUGAACCCACUACAGCGUCGGAGUCCAUCAGUAAAAAGGCAAAAGACUCGCCAGGCCCACCGUCGCCUCAGAACGGCGCCUCUACCGAUCCGGUUUUCCCUAGUCCACCAGACAUGCCUGCAACCAAAUUCGACAAAGAGACCUGGCAAGGAUUCUGCGAAAUCGAAAGUGAACCCGCCUGUUUCUCCGUCAUCCUCCGCGAGAUGGGCGUCCGCGACGUGACGGUACGCGAAGUAUUCAGUAUGGAUACAGACUUCCUUCUCGACAACUUCCCGCAGCCUGUCUACGGUUUCAUUCUGCUUUUCCACUACCGCGAAUUUGGCAACGACGGUCAGGCAGCCGAGUGUCCCCAGGACGUCUGGUUCGCCAACCAAUUGCCCGCCCAGAACAGUUGUGCGACACUAGCCAUGAUCAAUAUCAUGAUGAACCAGAGCAACGCAUCUGAUGUGCAUAUCGGCGAGCAUUUGACCCAGUUCAAAGAUUUCACGCAAGACUUGUCGCCAUACCAGCGCGGUGAGGCUUUUGCGAGUUUCGAUUUUGUGAAGAAGAUUCACAAUUCGUUUGCCAAGAAGAUGGACAUUCUCGAGGGCGACAAACAUCUCAGCUACAAAGUCAAACGUGCCCAGCGCAUCAAGGCACAGCUGUUGACUGAGAAGACCAAGCCUACCAAGAAGGGAUCCAAGUCGCGACGCGCUGCUUCGACCGACACCGUCGCCAGUCACGAUAGUGCAGAGAGCGUCGAGGAUAACGCGCAUCACUACAUCGCUUUCGUACCGGUUGGAAACGAAGUGUGGAAGUUGGACGGUCUGGACAGGCAGCCGACGUGCGUUGGCUCCUUCGAUCCGCAGCGCGGCGAGACGUGGCUCGAGUCAGUAUCCACCACUAUUUCCACGCUCAUGGCUGCUGGUGACGACGACUACGGCGUUGUUGCUUUGACGCAGUCCCCGUUGCUCUCACUGCGCAAGAGUGCUAGUCUGACGAUCAAUACACUCUCGCAUGUCGACACACGCCUCGAUGACAUCUCAGCUUCUACGUCUCAGGACUGGAGAGAUCUUGUUGACCCCAAUGAACAGCCGCCAAGUCCUCGUAUGUUAGGCCCCGAAGAGCUUCUUGCGGUCAACCCUAUCUCCACUACUGUUAAAGCGGCCAUCGACAGCGAAGACAUGACCCAGCUCCUGGCUCGCCGUAGCGAUUUGCUUUCGCAAGCCAAUCAACUGGCUGCGAACAUCAUGAUGGAGAUACAGAACGAGGCAGAAGAGGAUUCGAAGGCUGCACAGCGGCGAUACGACUCUGGUCCGGUCAUCAAGAAGUGGCUCGAGAUGCUAGCCGAAAAUGGCUUCCUGGAGGAGAACUUGGAUCGCUUCAUGCCAGGCAAGGGAAGAAAGUAA